GUCGCGGGUUGAUGACGCAUUUGUUGAGCUUCUGAACGCCAUGGCGGCUCAUGCUAGCGAGCUUGAGGUUGCAAAGAAGAAUUUAACGGAUGCAAUUGGCGAUAAUGUCAAGCAUUAUUGGGCAAACCUGAAGCUGUGGUUUAAACAAAAGAUCAGCAAAGAAGAGUUCGACAUUGAGGCUCGUCGCCUGUUGGCUCAGGAGAAUGUCCAUGUUCACAACGAUUUCCUUCUCGCCAUCCUCACAAGAUGCCAGAUCAUUGUCUCCACACCAGAGGGCGCAGGACCAUUACAGUGGCAAGGCAGCUGUGCUUCAAAGCCUGGCAAACCAAAAGUGAGGAAGAAAUGUUCCAGACAAAAAUUUGAUCAUCGCUUCCAGCCUCAGAACCCUCUGAGUGCUGCCCAGCCGUUCAGCCCACGAGAAGUAGGGGGUGAGGAGGAGGAGCUGCGUCUCAGCGCCCACACACUGCUGCUGCCCACGCGGGGCCAGCUGGAGGCCCGCAUGAUGGUGACGGCCUUUGAGUUGGGUCUGGAUAACAUCGCAGACGAGACCGUCAGCAGUAUGAUCUACGCUGUUGAGCACCACUUGAAAGAUGUCUUGACUGCGGUGAUCACCCGGAGGAAGGCAUAUCGGUUGCGGGAUGGUCGUUUCCCCUAUGCGUUUGGCAACGAUGUCACGCCCCAGCCUUAUCUAAAAAAUAGCCUGGCUGCGUACCACAGUGUGACUGAAUGUCCCCCUCCUAGUGCUUCCCUCCCCGCAGGCCCACCACCUCAGGUGUCACCCGAUGAGGCCGAGCAGCAAGCCGUUCACCUGCUGGCUUGUUCUGCAGACAGUCUUCCUGCGCCCCUCCCUCCAAUCAGCAUGUUUGAUCUCCUCGAGGCUUUACAGGUUCACCAUGGAGUGAUGCCCUCCCACACUAUGUACGCCCUCAAUAUGGAGCGCAUCCUCUCCCGGCUCUGGCACCCCAGCCACGAAGAGCUGGAGCAGGACCAUGUACACCGGCAGCACCUCGCUGUCAAAGAGGGCAUGCUCGUCAGCUGAGGACUGACGGGAAGACUGUACGUGGAAUUCAUCAGGAACCGAACACAGAAACAGUCCCUACGUAGAAAUGGAUGCCGAGCUGUGUGUACGCCUCGAACGACCUCAAAGAUCACACGUGUGUCGCACUGAAUGGGCAGGCAGCUUGAGUGACAUGAAACUGCUUGAGUCAGCAUUGAAGUACUUCUUUCUGUUUCAUAGUGAGAGUACACACCAGUGGAAAGGAAUGCAUUCUAACAUAACAGUCUUGCACCAAAUCUCCCUUCAUGCCCGUGGUAAUGAUCAGUUUAUGUUGAAACAGCGUCAGAAAGGUGAUGAAGAAUGUAGUAUGUGAUGCUGUUAAACUGGAUUUUACUAAAGGCAGAAGUAUUUCUCUAUGUUCUCAAACAUACACUUAACAUUAUAACAUGGAGGGUGAUUUAAUACAGGAGUUGGAUUACAAUGCAUUUUUUUCCACUACCUGAGUAUAAUUUGGUUUAAGGUUGUAUUAUAAUUUCGAUAUCUGUGGGUAAGGAGCCCUGAUAGACUGAAACAUGACCGAGCUUCCUGAAGUUCAUCUUGUUCCACUUGUCAGAUAUCCGCCUCAACCGUUUAUGAAAACACCCUGUGCGAAUAAAGAACAGCGUAUCUAAUCGCGCGGCACUGUGUACACAGCCAGGUCACUAGAUACUGCAUGUGUAAGAGAUUAGAAAUCUUUAAGCAGUCAUAAAGGUCCCGGGCUACACAUGGAAGUGUUUGAUAGCAGCUGAUUAGACCUCAUGCCAGGUUUGUGGAAGGUACAGGGAGAGCUCCACGGGCUCAUCUAAAUCAGUGUAGCAGCACAAAUGGCAGAGAUGGAAACGGUCCUGCUUUGACAGGUGCAGCAGGGAUGUCAGUCAAAUUGCCUGCUGCCAAGAAUUGAGAAGAGCUCUAUGAAGCUAUAAGUGAUGGCACCUGUGUGGGCGUGUAGGGACAGCUGCCUCCUGUGCUCCUCCUAAACAUAUGUGGAAUUAUCCCUAAAACAUUUACUGGUUUCAUGUGUCGGUGCUGGUGCUCCUCUGUCUGUACAGAUCAAUGAACAUCUGUCCAUCGUUUCAGGUUAAAUGUAUAUGCAUUUGUACGUUUUUUUUCUACACAUUUUUUAUUUAUAUUGCAGAGAAUAGUUGAAGAAAUAAAUAAAAACCUUUUUUUUUAUUCCGAA